GCGACGCCGAGCCGGCCGGGUGCGCCGCCGCGGGCGCCUCGCCCCCCGGAGCCACGCCCCCUCCGCCAGGGCGACCUCUGCCGUGGCGCCCCCGGCCCUGGUGUGUCCCGGGACCCUGCACCCCUUAGAGACAGGAUACUUUUGUCUUUGGGAGGCUGUCGCAUCCAUGGAAUUAUGCAACAAAUUAUGCAAUAUGCAACACAGGAAACCGAUUAUUCAGUGCAUCCUUGUGGCUUCAGCACUCAUCCAUGUAGAAGCAGCUCAGUUCUUGAACUCACUAUGCAGCCCAGGCUAGCCUUGAACUCUCAGCAAUCCUCCUGCCUGAGCCUCUCCAGUGCCGAAUUACAGAUGAAGAAACUCCCUGCCGGGCACAUCACUGUGAAGUCCUCUGCGGACACACACCCAAAGCACCAGGGCCAAGCAUCCAGGCACGGAAACUUCCAAAGUGUCACCAUGAUGAGCUGGGCUCCUCCACCAACCCUACUUCAGGAUGCAUUGUGCCAAGACAGGCCCCGAACAUCAGAGCCUGGUUACCGUGAUCUGACACCUCUGAUGCGUGUCCCUGCAAGGCGAGUUCCAGAGGAAGCUCUACCGGGAGCUGGUCAGGAACUACAACCCCUUGGAGAGGCCCGUGGCCAACGACUCGCUGCCGCUCACCGUCGUCUUCUCCCUCAGCCUCCUGCAGAUCAUGGACGUGGACGAGAAGAACCAAGUUCUGACCACCAACAUCUGGCUGCAAAUGUCUUGGACAGAUCACUAUCUGCAAUGGAAUAUGUCAGAAUAUCCAGGCGUGAAGACUCUUCGCUUCCCGGAUGGCCAGAUUUGGAAGCCAGACAUUCUUCUCUAUAACAGCGCUGAUGAGCGGUUUGACGCCACCUUCCACACCAACGUCCUGGUGAAUUCUUCUGGGCAUUGCCAGUACCUCCCUCCAGGCAUCUUCAAGAGCACCUGCUACAUCGAUGUGCGCUGGUUCCCCUUCGACGUGCAGCAGUGCAAGCUGAAGUUUGGGUCCUGGUCUUACGGCGGGUGGUCCUUGGACCUCCAGAUGCAGGAGGCGGACAUCAGCAGCUACAUCCCCAAUGGAGAGUGGGACCUUGUGGGGAUCCCUGGCAAGCGGAGCGAGAAGUUCUACGAGUGCUGCAAAGAGCCGUACCCCGACGUCACGUACACGGUGACCAUGCGCCGCAGGACGCUGUACUACGGGCUCAACCUGCUCAUCCCUUGUGUGCUCAUCUCAGCGCUGGCCCUGCUGGUGUUUUUACUCCCAGCAGACUCCGGGGAGAAGAUUUCUCUCGGAAUCACAGUCCUCCUGUCCCUCACGGUGUUCAUGCUGCUCGUGGCUGAGAUCAUGCCUGCGACGUCUGACUCAGUACCGCUGAUAGCCCAGUACUUUGCCAGCACUAUGAUCAUCGUGGGCCUCUCAGUUGUGGUGACAGUGAUCGUGCUGCAGUACCACCAUCACGACCCCGACGGAGGCAAGAUGCCCAAGUGGACCAGAGUCAUCCUACUGAACUGGUGUGCAUGGUUCCUGCGCAUGAAGCGGCCAGGGGAGGACAAGGUGCGGCCCGCCUGCCAGCACAAGCAGCGCCGCUGCAGCCUGGCCAGCAUGGAGCUGAGUGCGGGGCCCGCCCCUCCUGCCAGCAACGGCAACCUGCUGUACAUCGGCUUCCGAGGCCUGGAGGGCGUGCACUGCGCCCCCACCCCGGACUCGGGGGUCGUGUGCGGCCGCAUGGCCUGUUCCCCCACGCAUGACGAGCACCUGCUGCACGCGGGGCAGCAUCCCGAGGGGGACCCGGACCUCGCCAAGAUCCUGGAGGAGGUGCGCUACAUCGCCAGCCGCUUCCGCUACCAGGACGAGAGCGAGGCCGUGUGCAGCGAGUGGAAAUUCGCGGCCUGCGUGGUGGACCGCCUGUGCCUCAUGGCCUUCUCGGUCUUCACCAUCAUCUGCACCAUCGGCAUCCUCAUGUCCGCACCCAACUUCGUGGAGGCUGUGUCUAAAGACUUCGCGUGAUGUCAGCCGGCCUGCACGUGUAGGAAACACAGAGUCAGGCAGAGUCGGGGGGUGGGUGAGAAUUUGGGGAGCUGCCCCAGAAGCACCGUUCAUGGGAUGACCCCGUGUAUCCUUAGACUGACCGUCCUGAUGGUUGCAGUUCAUAACAGGAUCUGAGCACCUUUCUCUUGAGUCCCAGUGUGGCACAGCCUUACCGGUGGCGGAGCUGGUUAACGGCCAUUUCGCCCACUGAUUACUCCCUAGAUAGCCCUGCAGGAGGGUUUCUGUAGCUCUAGACUGCCACAGGAGGCCUGCGUCAUGGUUCUGCAUGCCUGCAUGUCACUUGCCGGUAAGGCCCACCUGGAAACACAGUGUAUGUCAUUUGCCUGUGUACAAAUCUAGCUCGAAACAAAUAAUAAACCACACUCACUUGCUCCAUUCCAACAGUGGACUUGGAAAAGAACACCAAAAGAACUAAAAGCUCACCUGUUGGUUUUUCUGCAAUUCAGCUUUUUCUCUCCUCUAUCUUGGAUAGCUGGUAGAGAAAACAGUUUUAUUGUCAUUCCUAUAGGAGAGAAUUGGUCAUUCUGCAAACUUACACAUAGCGAGUUUGUGUCAGUUCAAAACCAGAAGCAGCCCCAGCUGUCUGUGUAUGUGUGGGGUGUGAGUGUGUCCCCUGUAGGUCCCAGAUAGCUCCCCACUUUCCUGUAUUGUCCCAGACAUGGAGGAGUUAAGCAAAUCUGUUGUAUUCUGAAAAGGACAAAGAGAGAUCUACGAGAACUACCAGGCGAGGGAAAUGACAGAAGUUAACUUCAACCAUCCAAAUGUUUUUAGACAAGCGUGCAGUACUUGCUUCACGUGGAUUAGGGAUGAUUAGUCUUAGAAAUGUGCACAUCCAUGUACGUGCACACCAUAAGGCGACCAUGUUCUCUGGCUUUUUCUCCAUGUGAAGCCAAGGGCAGAAGCCAGAACCUCUAGGGCCCCAGCACGGCAGGCACUGGGAGGGCUGGUGCGGCGGAUGGCUUUGCUAAACACAGGGAGACCUUCCGAGGCUGCACAGCCACGUCCCUGCUUUGUGGCUUUUCUCUCUGCUCCUGACUUGUUCACCCCAGCAGCAGCCAAGGAAGCUGGCUUGGCUUCAUUGCAGAGGUUUAAUCGUAAAAUCUAGCAGGUGACGCGGUGCUCCACUGAGGUUCUCUAGAUGAUGACAGUCAUUCUGCCUCUUUCCAUUCUUACUUUUAAUGAGACCAGAGAGUAGUGCACCAGUCUCCAGCUUUGAGGCCACAAAGCUGCACAAGGCUUCUAAGCUCCUGGAGUCCCUUAGUCUGUGCCCAACCCCUGAGAUGGGCUCAUCGUGAGGGAAGCUUAGGUUUUCCAGAGCAAAGAAGCACACUUGUAUCCAUUUCCCAGCCUUCAUGUCACUCUUUUCUGGGUAAUGCACACGAACGUGUUUGUGCUGGAGCAAGGUGAAGGGUCAUAUGUGCUCUGUGUGUAGCAUGUGUGCAUGCAUGUGCACACGUGCCUGUGUGUGCAAUUCAGGAGCAUGGGUGUGGCUUACACCAGGGAGGCUGAUAAAGCAGGAGAUGGUGGCACUGAGCCUGUGGUGUGGGGCCACCUGCAGAGCCCACCCACUCCACGUGGAGUAGACAAGUGACACACAAUAUUUCCUGGGUUUGUUUUUUCUUUCUAUUGCAAAGUAUCUUUAAAAACAAAAAGAAAAGUUUUGAUAUACAAAGAGAUUGCUUCAUUUCUUAUUGUUACCCAAAAUUGUUCUCUACCACAGUUUUGCUUUAAGAGAGAAUCCACUUUUUUGGUUUUGUAUUUUAUAUGGAAAAGCAUAAAAGGCAAAUAAACGUAGCUCAUGGUUUGACCCUCCAA